CCUCUCUCAACAACAAAACGAUAACAACAAAUCGAACACCCUCAACUACACCCUUCAAUAAAAAAUGGCUUCAGUAAUGGCUUGGGGCGCCGGCGUCGCCGUCGCAGCCUUCCUCGGCCGAGCCGGUCUUGUCGCCCUCCGUCGCUCCCGCGGCGGCGUAGGCCCCAUGGGCAAGGCCUUCUACAAGGGCGGCUUCGAGCCGCGCAUGACCAAGAAGGAGGCCUCGCUUAUUCUUUCGCUAAACGAGCGAUCCAUCACAAAAGACAAAGUCCGCAAGGCCCACCGAACCCUCAUGCUCCUGAACCACCCCGACCGAGGCGGCAGCCCCUACCUGGCGACAAAGGUCAACGAGGCCAAAGAACUACUCGAUAAAACCGUCUGAAGCAAGAACCCCAACGAAUAAAGACCCUGCAAACGAGCGGAACGAGCGAUCUUGUGUGUUUGGUAAUAGAAGGUCGAAAGAGCCAUGCGUGGCCGUGUAUAUUUGUCUUGUACGAUAUUCGUUUUCCAUAGCGAUGGCGUUGGGUUGGUUGGUUGGUUGGCGGGCUGAAUUUGAUGACCCCAUAAGCGACCACAUAGUGGCUCAGGUGUUUGGAAACAUCUU